AAACCGUGCCCACGGAAGGAUGGACGGGCCCUGGACCGGCGAACGGAGCGGCUGAGGUAGGGGCUCAGUCUCGCGACCACGUGCUCCACGGACGCACGACGCCGUAUUCGCGUUCCCCGCGUUCACCCCGUUUCCGGAAAAACGAUCGAGAUCGUCGCCUCGCCAGGAGCAGUCCAACCUUUCGCAAGCUCUUUAUCCAGGUGCCGAAGAAACUGAGUUCACAGUGACGUGCUGCACAACCACCGGCGGAUAAUCGUUGAUUCAAAAGUGACCGAGUUCUGCUUUCCGAUCGCACCCGUCAACGUACAAGUGUAAAGUGGAAGCCUUGAUUCUUGGGUCUGGCCACCAUGCGACUUUGCAAACCUGACCAGACGCCGGGAAUCAGCUACGUUUAGCAGUGCGAACGUGUGCGGAGCGACGACCGAGGCGCCGAUGGCGUUCUGCUGACUCCUAUUACCUACUCGCGUUUAAACCCUGGGACAGAAGUUGCUCGGGAAGAUGAUCCGCUCGGGGGUUAAUCGAGGAACACCGAGCCCCGGGGAAUAGGGAUACGAAUGGACCUGGGGGACCUGCAGCCGGGGGUGGCGGGGGUCAGCGCAGUUCCAGGUAAAGCUGUUCACCCUGUCAGGUGGUGGACGCCAUCGGCAACGCUCACUUCCUCCACGAUAGCACCGGUUUCAUCAGCCUCCGGAAACACUGACGUGAUGAAUCAGCUCUGCAGGGUCUGCGGAGAACCUGCCGCGGGGUUUCAUUUCGGGGCGUUCACCUGCGAAGGUUGCAAGUCAUUCUUCGGUCGAACAUACAACAACCUGAGCAGCAUAUCGGAGUGUAAAAACGGUGGAAUAUGUGUAAUAAACAAGAAGAAUCGUACAGCGUGCAAGGCGUGUCGUUUGCGGAAGUGUCUAAUGGUGGGAAUGUCGAAAUCGGGUUCUCGAUACGGUCGACGAUCAAACUGGUUCAAAAUCCACUGCCUGUUGCAGGAGCAAUCAAACCAAGUACAGACGCGCCUGAAAGCUCCGAAGCUACCGUACAACGAGAAGUCGUUCAGCAGUCAAUUGGACGCUGCGAACAACAACACGAGCAGUAACAACAACAACAACAACAAUAACAACAACAACACGACGAACAACAACUGCAACAAUAACAACAACCACAACCACACCCACAACAACAACAACAACAACAAUAACAACAACUGCAGCAGCAGCACCGUGAACAGCUACAUCAACGAUCAAAGAUUGCCAAAGAGAGACCUCUGCAACGAGGGCCCAACAGCGGCGGCGGCGGCGGCGGCAGCGGCGGCGGCAGCGGCGGCGGCGGGGCCUCAGGACCUCCUCAGGCAUCCGGAUUGUGCCCAAGUAAUGAGGUCCCAGGACCUCAUCCGUGCCGAACAGGCCCGUUUCCCGAUUUGGCGUGGUCCUCCCUUCUUUCAUCCCGCACUCACGACCCACAUGCAGCUGCUCAACAGUCCAUUCUUCCCGUUCCAGCAACGAUUCAUGGUUCCCUACGUGAGUCAUUUGAGCCCUCCUAAUCUACAACCGGUAACAAGUAUCCUCUCGAGUUCUUCGAGCGAGAGCUUUAGUCCCAGAUCAACGCCGUCGCCGAAACCGUCGGAGCUUUAUAGGACCCCACCGUCUAACCUAAGCUCUGCCGCAUCCCGCGACAAGAGUAUAGCCUUCCUAAGGUCUCUGGGACCUGAGCAGGUGGCGCCGAUCGACCUCAGUAUGAAAUCCCGGGCUGAGUGUACCACGGUAACCGAUGCCGCUGGUACCACGGAUGAUGAGAAAAGCUCCGAGAGCGAGGAGGAUGGGGAGGAAAUCGCGGAAACGGAAACGGGACCGCCCCUGGACCUCACUAGGAAAACAUGACAGUGACGCGCGUGUGUGUGUGUGUGUAUAUAAAUGUGUGUGUGGGUGUAUGUGUCUGUAAGAGGCCCGAUACUGCAGAGAAAUACUAUAUAUAUAUAUAAUUAUACGCGAAAGAGGGGAUACUGAUUUAUUUGUAUAAACUUUCUCUCCCUUGUACACCGCCCAAUAUUAUGACUUUUUAAAUAAACCGAUGUUUCGACAGUACCGACAAUAUAUUAUAUUAUACUAUACAUAUUAGGCCUACUGUUUUCAGUGCCAGUAAACCACGUGAUAUUUUGAAUAUUAUACAUGUAUGUUACUAUAUUAAUACAUAUGUAUGUGAAACUGUACAUGUAGAGACAAACUUUUGUACGACACCGAUUUACGAAAUCGUAUGGAUAAAUCGUGUGCGAUGCGCGUUCGUGUAGCAAUAUUAUGUUAUAGUUCGCUGAUGGAGUGGCCAGUGGUGUUUCUUUCUCUAUUUUCUUAAUUUAUUUUUUUUUUUUUAACACGUUUUUUUUUUCACCGACGGAUUUGUUUCUAUCUUAAUAUUUUGUGCUUCGUUUUUAUUUACUUGUACAACUUUUUUUUCUCGUCUCUGAGAGAUUAUUUAUGAGCAUUUUGCGUAUAUUAUAGAUGCUGAUUCUUAUUUAAUUGAAUUUCUCCAAUAAUUAUAUAUCUAUCAAUUAUCAAGAUUGCGAGGCCAGUACAAACAAGCGAUUAUUAGAUAUAAAUAGAUAAUAUACGUAUACUUAUGUUUAUACAUUAUAGGUAUUAUAAGAUCGUGAAAAAUUACGUGUAAAUAUAUAUAUGGAUAUAUACAAUAUAAAUGUGUGUGUGUGUGUGUGUAUGUGUGUGUGUAGUAUACAUAUAUAUAAUAUUACAUGACGUAAUAGGCAUCAGUUAUAUUUGUACUAUAGAUAAAUUGAGAAAUAAAAAUUAU